GGGAGCAAGCGAACAGCUGCUGCAAACGUUUUUGACACAGUUUUUGGGGACGAUGGGGUACGCGGGGAGAGAGUCGAUGCAGGACCGAAGGGAGUAGAGAAUCAUGGCUGAAGAUUAUUGGGAGCACACCACGGAGGCGGCUUUGGAAUAUUGUUAAGGUUUUAUACAAGGGCACACGGGAAUAUUCACAGUCCUCCCUCGGGGCACCUGAACAGUGGCUGCCCCUCCCUCCUCGUCUCGGCCCGCCUUGCCCCCUCUGAUGGAGCGCGUAAGGAAGAUCAAGCGGCAGCUGUCCAUGACGCUGCGGGGGGGCAACAGCACUGACAAGAGCCUAAACGAGAGCAUCGGCUCCCAGGACACAGGAGCACACAGUGACUCUGAGGCCAUGCCAGACAGGGGUAGUGCCACUCUGGGUGGUUCAGUGAGAGGAUCAGGAGGUUCAUUCAGCAUGCACUCGCUCCUGCAGUCCUACAGCAGUGCCCUGCACCGGCCGCGCAGCCUGGGCCGCAGCCUCAGCUCCUAUCUCAACCACACCACACGACUCGAGAUCGUCCACGAAGACGUGAAGAUGGGAUCUGAUGGUGAAAGCGACCAGGCGUCUGCCACCUCCUCAGACGAGGUGCACAGCCCGGUUCGCGUCAGAAUGCGCAACAAUCCCGGACGCAAGAUCUCCACAGAGGACAUAAAUAAGAGACUAUCUUUGCCAGCUGAUAUCCGACUCCCAGACAGCUACCUGGAAAAGUUCAGUCUCAACAGCCCCAUGUUUGAUAAACCACUAAGCCGACGGCUGCGCAGAGUUUCUCUGUCAGAAAUUGGUUUUGGGAAGUUGGAAACCUACGUAAAACUGGAUAAACUAGGAGAGGGUACAUACGCCACAGUUUAUAAGGGUCGCAGUAAGCUAACUGAUAACCUGGUGGCUCUAAAAGAGAUCCGGUUGGAACAUGAGGAGGGAGCUCCCUGUACUGCCAUCAGAGAGGUUUCCCUGCUGAAGGAUCUGAAGCAUGCCAACAUUGUGACCCUGCAUGACAUCAUCCACACCCAGAAAUCUCUGACGCUCGUGUUUGAAUACCUUGACAGAGAUCUGAAGCAGUACCUGGAUGACUGUGGGAACUGCAUCAACAUGCACAAUGUUAGGCUCUUUCUGUUCCAGUUAUUGCGAGGGCUGAGCUACUGUCACAGGCGGAAAGUUCUCCAUCGAGACCUCAAACCCCAAAAUCUCCUCAUCAAUGAUCGAGGGGAGCUCAAACUGGCUGACUUUGGUCUGGCUCGGGCCAAGUCGAUUCCCACCAAGACGUACUCUAAUGAGGUGGUGACUCUGUGGUACCGCCCACCAGACAUUCUACUGGGCAGCACGGACUACUCAACCCAGAUUGACAUGUGGGGGGUUGGCUGUAUUUUCUACGAGAUGGCUACGGGUCGGCCGCUGUUCCCUGGAUCCACAGUAGAGGAGGAGCUGCACUUUAUCUUCAAACUGCUAGGAACACCCACAGAGGAAACCUGGCCUGGAAUCACCUCCAAUGAAGAAUUUAUCUCCUACAAUUAUCCACGCUACCGUGCUGACUGCCUGCAUAACCACACCCCUCGCCUGGACAAUGAUGGUGUGGAUCUGUUAUCCAAACUCCUGCAGUUUGAAGGAAAGAAGCGCAUAUCAGCAGAGGAAGCAAUGAGACACUCGUAUUUCCACUGCCUGGGAGAUAGAGUUCUCACACUGCCCGACACUACAUCCAUAUUUGCACUUCAAGACAUUCAGCUGGAGAAGGAGCCCGGCAUAAAGACUAACUCCAUACCUGAUUCUGUGAACAGCAUAUCUCAGAGGCAGAGCCUGCUCUUCUGAUCGAACCGAGGGAUGACAAGGCUGAAGAUGAGUGAAAGAAGAGGAGGAAGAACAGAGAUGUUUCUGUGAUUAUGAUGAAGGGAUCCCUGUUAUUCAUUUCUGAGUCAAUACCGUCAUGUGGCAUUUUGUCUUUAGAUUCAUGGGGGAGGGUGACUAGAUGUUUACAUGGGAAGACUGCAAAUUUUUGGUCUCUUCUUGUAUUUAUGCUUUCUGUGUCAUCAUUCUGCAAUUCCUCUGCAUGUACUUGUAAGCCAUGUGCGCCGCCCACCCAGAUGUUUCGUUUUUUUUAACACUAAAAAGCGGCGACUACACAUUAAGCUGCUUGCUAACGUGCUGCCUGGUUUAAAUGUGACAUUGUUGCGAUUAAGAGGCCUCUGUGCUCAUUUCCACGAUGAACCACUAAUGGAGAUGUGAAGGGUUAAUAAUUAUUAGAAUAUUUCUUGCUUCAGAAAGACUGUUGAUAGGAUUGAAUACAGUUAUGCAUUUGUGUUGCUAUGUGAAAGUGUGACAGCCAAGUCUUCCUCUUCAGCUUAUCUUCUGUCACACUGUCCCAGUCUACCCCUUACAAUCACACCAUAGAUGCACUAGUCUCACAGCACUGCAUACUACAAAUAACAAGACAAUUUCACAAAGAACUUCACCAAAGAUGUUCCUCCCUAAUAGAAAUUUAUGCUAAAAUCAUUAGAGCUUCCACUACAAGUCCGUUGAGUGACUUUUUUACCCAGUGUGGCCAAACAUUUUUGCCCUAAGUCACCUGCUACUCAAUGUUAAAUACAAAUUAUUUUCUAAUGUUUACAAUCCAAGCGUAGAGCUGUUGACGGAUGCUUUCAGGCUAACAGUGGCCAUUUUUGCAAUUCUAGGAUCUAUUUUUUACUUACAGUCUACAAAGUUGGGAUGCACUGAUCCAAUUUAUCUAUAUCUUCAGUACAGAACUGAUUUUUGUUUUAGAGAUGUGGCUCUACACUACAUGAUAUUAUAUGUAUUGUCAGAAAUUCAUAACAAUGUAAUUCACUCACUCACUUUCUUAACCACUUAUCCAAUUAGGGUCGCAGGGGGGGUUCUGGAGCCUAUCCCAGCUUUUCAAUGGGUGCAAGGCACACAGUAACACCCUGGACGAGGUGCCAGUCCAUUGCAGAGCAGACACACAUACACACACACCCAUUCACCUAUAGGGCAAUUUAGUGUCUCCAAUUAACCUGACUGCAUGUUUUUGGACUGUGGGAGGAAACCGGAGCUCCAGGAGGAAACUCGCGCAGAACAUGCAAACUCCGCACAGAAAGGAACCGGACCACCCCACCUGGGGAUCAAACCCGGGACCUUCUUGCUGUGAGGCGACAGUGCUACCCACGAGCCACCGUGCUGUCCAAUGUAAGUCAUAAGAACAAAUAUCAGAAUCACAUGUAUAAUAUGAAAGUGUGGCUAGUCUACCUAAUAAUCAAUCUUAAUAUAAUGACCUUUCCAUUAUAAA